UUUGAAGAAGCUCGGAAAAUCGAGAAGAAAUCAGCAUAUAUUUCAUCGGAUGCUGACACUGAUACCAUGCGUGCUGCAUUUGACGAGCCAUCCAAACGGCCGAAAAAAGCCCGAAAACUCUCUUUCGAUGACUCUGAUACCUCCAAUGAUAGUUCCCCUAAUACGUCAUUAAUGUCCAAACAACGUAAAGCAAAAGAUACACCGAUAAAAACUUCGUUAUUACCCCUACCAAAAUGUUCCUACAUAUCGAAGGAACGAUGUGGAGGUGGAACGACCAAAGCAUCACAAUCGCAAGUGGAUAGUAAGCGUGCAUUCUCAUCAGACUACAAACAGACUUUAGACUCUACUCCGAAACGGAUCAACGAUUCCAAUAAAAGGCAAUACUUGUCUACAAUGAAAUCACCCAGCAUCUUAUCCAACAGCACUCGGAGGGCCAAGCCAACAGAUCAUUAUCAGGAGCCGCAUGACGAAUGUCACCUAUCUGAUAUGCAAGACUCACCUGGUUCAUCACAAUUCAAUGUCAUAAAAAAUCAACCCUCAACGAGGAAUCAUAACAAUUGCUGUGAUGAAUGCAGAGACUACAUUCGCAAGGAACUGAAAAGAUUGUCCAGACAAAUGUACGCUAUUGAAGCUCUGCUAAAAGAGGAAAACGGAGUACGUGGCCGAGGCAAUGAGAUAGUAGCAGAAGACCUGUUACCUCCGUUGCCUCUGAUGACGCUUCAACAGUUUUAUCAGUGCGAAAAUCAGUUAAAAAUAGAUACUGACAUGAGAAAACAAUUUGAACACAUGAUAUGUCGAAUUGGAGGUUCGACGGGUAAACAGUUCAUUAAAAAUACUUUACCACAAAUAAUCUGUAAUGAGUUAGGCACUCAAAUAUCCUGGAUAGGACAGAAGAGUGCUGUUGGAUUUAAAUCCACAUCCAUUUCCAAAUUAAUAAUCGAUUCGGUAAUGAAACGGUUGCCAGGUUCAACGUCUGCAGAGCUAGAAAUCGCCAUACAAGAAUGGCUCCGUCGCUCAGGAGAUAGAAUAAGAAGUGCACGCGAUUACAAACAAUAACAAAUAAACAGCUAGUAUAUAGUAUUAAAGUCAUUUACAUAUAUAUGAAUAUUUUAAAAAUAUA